UUCGCAGUUUCUAAAUAUUUCUCAAGUGAUUUGUGUUCAUACUCCAUUGCAUUUAAUGUUUACAUGCUUUUUAUAUUAAAUGAGAAAAUUGUGCUAAAAAUACAAGAACUGAAAGUAUACCAUCAUGGAAGAUGUGUCUGUAUCGAAGGGUGUUUUUGCCCAUGUACCUCGCAAAUUUGGCCAGAAAAAGAAGAAAAAUAAAAAUCUCGAUCAUAUAAACGAACCAUGGUAUAAGGCAUUCAAAGAAACUUGGAUGGCGAUUGAAAAUUCUGCAACUAGGGUUAAUGUGGAUACUUUUAAACAAAUAUUGUCAGACUUGGAAAGUUUUGUGGAAAAAAUCAAAACUAUGUCACUCUUGACCGAUGAAAUACCAACUGGUAUUCUGUUGGCAGGUGUCAAUCUUCCUGAUCAUAAUUUACUGUUGCACAAACUUGAGAUACAAUUGCAACCAAUUACCCGGUAUAUAGCCACUGUUUGGUCAAGAGAUGCUAGUACUUUGAAAAAUUUGACGGAUGAAGUUGUUUGCCAAUUAAUUAAUGGAUCAAGAUCGGAGGAUGAUUCAUUGUUAGUAAAGAAAAGUCAAUGUACUUUUUUUACUUUACAAGCUUGGCACCAAGAGAACAAUAUUUCAAAUACUCCACUAGUCAUCAUUAUACCUGAUUUUGAAAGUUUUUCAUACAACAUAUUACAUGAUUUCAUACUGAUUCUUAGUUCCUAUUGCAACUCUAUAAAGUUUGUAUUAAUUUUUGGUGUUGCAACAACUCUACAUGUAGUCCAUCGAUCUUUAUCAUAUGAUGCUACAUCAAAACUGAAAAUUCAAGUAUUUCAUACACAAAAACAAGUAGAUAGUCUUUCUGAUGUAUUGGAUGGUAUCGUUUUAGCUCCCAACAUUCCAUUCAAAUUAACUGGACGAGCAUUCAAAUUACUUAUUGAUAUAUUCAUCUGGUAUGACUUUUCUGUUAAAAGUUAUCUUCAAAGUUAUAAAGUAUGCGUAUGGAGGCAUUUUUAUGGGCAAAACGAAAAAUUGAUUUGUUGUGAUAAGGAAAGUAUUAAAAAUCGGGUUUCACAAUUGACUCCUAAGGACUUGAAAAAAUUGAAAGCACUUCCGUCUGUAGAAAGAUAUUUCAACUCAAUGGAUAAAACUAAGUUUGACAGUGCCUCUAAUAAGCAAUUUCAGGAAAUUUUAAUAAAGCUAUUAAAUGAAUUUCACAAAUAUAUCAGUGAUUUUUUGAUAAUAUUAAGAUGUUUGCACAAAGUCAGUGUCACACUACCAACAACUCCUUUCGGAAAAAACUUUCGCAAUAUUUAUACAAAUGCUGUUUUUGGAAAUACUAAUUUAUGUGAAACAGAGGAAUAUAAACGAGCUAUACAAUUAUUAGGUUUUUUAUCUAAAGAAGAGUUAUUAACAAAUAUCAAAUCCAUCAUAAGAAUACUAGAUGAUUAUGAAUCUGCUCCUGAAAACAUAAAAGAUAAAUUACAGGAAUACAUGGAUUUGCUACGAAGUGCAAGUCUUGAAGUCGCGCCAUUUGAUUUGGAAGUUGAAACAGAGAAAAUCAAAUUAUCUAGUCGUACGGCAUUUAAAACGAGCUUAAGGCAGGCAUCUCUAAAAGUGCGCAGUUCGCCCUACAAAGAAAUGCAAAUUGAAUUCAUCAAGUUUUUGGAUAAUGAGGUAUUUCAACCAUACUUGAAGAGUCCUGCACACAUGCCACUCAACGAAAUAUUCUGUUGCGAUGACCCAAGCAUAGUGCAUAAUUACAUAAGAGGAUCGAUGAAGGCUGUAAUUCACAAUGGAUUGCGCGAUCCAUAUUUAUAUCUUAAAUGUGAUUGUUGUUCUGCGGAAGGUGAAAUCCUCCAAACACAUCCAGACAUAAGCAUUCUGUACAAGUGUCAUUUAGAAUCGAGAAAGAUGAUCAAUAUGUACGAUUGGUUACAGACUUUCGUGAUAACAGUGGAUCCAAAUGACAGGUCAAAUGACGAUGAAGUUAAUCCAGAAUUGUACGAUCGAUUCUCACGCGCCGUGGCGGAACUUCAAUUCUUAGGUUUCAUCAAAACUACGAGAAAGAAGACUGAUCACGUUAAAAAGCUGACUUGAGUUCGAUAACGCGACGCGCAGCAAAACUCACUUUCCAAAAGCUGAAUCAUUAUUUAUACUCCGCUUGUACAUUUAUUAAAAACUCCGCUACACAUAGAUGUACGAUCGUCGUUCGUAAUAAAAAAUAUUUUUCCAACAGAGAAAA